ACAUGCUCUUGUACAAACACAUACAAACACAAUCCCAACCAACCCUGUCAUUUGUCAUUAAAAUUCUCCCUUCUCUCUCCCCUCCUUCAUUUCUCUGUUUCAACUUGCACUAUUUUCUAUUCCCCCUUCAACCCUUUUGACAUUCUCUGCGCGGACAUUGCCACAGCCUUUUUUCACUUUACCCUCUUAAACUAAACUCCAUUGUCUUCCCUUCUCACCUCACACUCACACCACCACCAUCAUUCCCUCUCUUCUCAUUUCACUAUAAUAAUAACAACAACUUCCCAUUCCUCUUCCCCUGUAGUAGCCAACAAAUUAAACACACCAAAAAUGCACGAGAGAUCGAUGAAAGAAGCUGCUGGCACGUGCCCACAAAGGAGAAGAACCCCUUCCUUCUCCUCUUCUCUUCUCGACGCCAUUUACCGCUCCAUUGACGAAUCAAAAUCCAACCUUCACGACGAUCAACAACUGGGUCACCACCACCACCACGAUCAAACCUUAGCCACACACAGUUUCACCUCUGAAGAAAAAGGUGGCAAAAAGGAGAGAAUGAAUCUUCGCCGAGCAGUGAUGUUGGAAGAUUGGAUGGAGAAGUAUGGUUCUUCCCGUUCCCUCAAUGCUCAGUUGCUAAACUCGAGUUCAAGCUCCUCAGAAUGCAGCUCUGCAGGGGGAAUAUUCUCCUCUUCAGAAACAGACACGACAACAACAACCUUGAAGAAACAAAGACCAGCAAGGCCCACAUCGGAGAAGAAGAAGAAGAAGAAGAAGAAGCAGGACCAUAUAAUGAGUUCAGAAAAAAAGAACAAAGAAGGUGGUUUUGCAAGGACCAAGUUGAGGGCGUUGAAAAUUUACGGUGAAUUGAACCAGAGAGUGAAGCAACCCAUUUCACCAGGGAGUAGAAUAGCUAGCUUCCUUAGCUCCAUCUUCAACUCACAGAACGUGAAGAAAGCCAAAAUGUGUUACGUUGGAGCCGUUGAAGAUGUUAGCUUCGAGCACAAAUCAAAGUCCCCUUGUUUCUCUUCCACGCCUUCUUCGUUUUCUAGAAGGUCUUGCAUGAGCAAAACACCCUCUUCGGCUAAAAAACCCAACAACAAUGGAGUCAAAAGAUCCGUGAGGUUUUACCCCGUUAGCGUAAUCCUAGGUGAGGAUUCUGAACCGCAAUCUAAUAGUCAUAGUCAUAAUAAGAAAUGUAACAACAUUUAUGAGAGUGAAUCUAAUCUCACUGUGAGAAAGAUUACUAGAAGUUCUUCCAUAAAGGAGCUGAAGAAGAACACUGUUCGGGGAAAAGAAAAUGCAACCGAAGAAGCAGCAGCUAGGGGUUUUGUAAAAGGUUACCGAAAUUCUGGUAAGGGUGAAUUUGAUUUUAUAGGUUUUUAUGGUAAUGGUGAGAAUGAGAAUGAUGAAAAUGAUGAUGAUGAUGAUGUGAGUUGUUCAAGUUCAGAUUUGUUUGAGCUGGAUCAUCUUAUUGGAGCUGCAAGGUACCAAGAAGAGCUUCCUGUCUAUGAAACUACCAAUUUGGAAACAAAUAAAGCCAUUGCUAGUGGUCUAUGUUUGUAGUUUAGUUCUU